GGGUCUCUUGCAUGGGUCAUCAACGAGGAUCAUCUCGGGAUUUUCUUUCUUUUUUUCUUCAUUUGCAAUUAGUUCCUGAAGAAAAAACUCCGUCUGGGUAGAGCUGGUCUCUCCUGCAAGAAAUAUCCCCUAUUAGUACAUCUCCACGUCGAUUGUCAAGACAACUUUCCGUUCUUUUUUUCCCUUCUCAUUUUUCAAUUCACACACAAACAUGCAUUCUCUUCUUUUUUGCUCGUCCCUGGUCGGACUUGCUUCUGCAGCAGAGCUCGGAAAGCGUCAUGGAGGGGGCCAUUCGUUUUAUGAGAUGCUCAAUGACGACCUCGCUCGUCUCAGUCUGCUGGUCCUGGGCCUUAUGGCUGCCUUCAUCUAUAUCUGGAAGAUGUGGCAUCGUCUUGCCAGUCAUAUGAGGCGGCUGGCAAGUUUCAACAAUGAACGUCAGCGGUAUUUCGUUCAUCCCGACAGCAUGCUCGCGAAAAUCCACAACCAUAUCAUCUAUGCCCCGUUGUUCCGUACACGCCAUAACCGCGAGUUCCAGCUCUCCCGAGCUGUCAACAUGGGCACGCUGCCCAGUCGGUUCCACUCCUUCAUACUGGUGGGCAUUAUCGUUAUGAACGUCGUCCUUUGCGUUGUCACCGUACCCUAUGGGACCGAGGAGUCCACGGUUGCGGGCCUGAUCCGCAACCGCACCGGAACCAUGGCGACAGUGAACCUUAUCCCGGUGGUGCUCAUGGCCGGCAGGAACAAUCCCCUGAUCACCCUGCUCCAAGUGCCGUUUGACACCUUCAAUCUGAUUCACCGCUGGCUCGCUCGCAUUGUCGUCUUGGAGGCAAUCGCCCAUGUGUUUGCUUUUGCGAUCCCCGAGGCUCAGGAAGCCGGUUGGGAUCUUGUUGGAAUGCUUUUCGGAGAGAGCAGCUUCAUGCUGAGUGGAUUGAUCGCUGGCUGCGCCUUCACUGCCCUCCUUGUGCACUCUCCCUCCCCCAUCCGCCAUGCAUUUUACGAGACCUUCCUCCACUUUCACAUCGCAUUCGUCGCGCUUUCGUUCGCCUUCCUGUGGAUACACUUGGAUGGCAUGGUGUCUCAGAACUACCUUCUCGCCGCCAUCAUCCUCUGGGCCCUCGAGCGAUCCGCUCGAAUCCUCAUCAUCGUGUACCGUAACUGCGGAAGAGAGUGCACGACAGCGCAUGUUGAGACCCUACCGGGCGAUGCCCUUCGGAUCACCCUGAAGAUGGCACGGCCGUGGACCUUCAAGCCCGGCCAACAUAUGUACUUGUACAUCCCGUCCAUUGGUUUCUGGAUGAGCCACCCAUUCUCCGUCGGGUGGAGCGAAGCCGAGGAAAUACCCGCAAGCGAAAAGGGCAUCCCUAUGACCCAACAAGACCUUGCGAGUCUUCAGAAGACGACCGUCUCCUUGCUGAUUCGUCGUCGCACUGGAUUCACCGACAAACUCUUCAAGUGUGCUCAGAAAUCUGCCGAUGGACGGAUAUCCUUGCGGGCGUUCGCAGAAGGCCCGUACGGCAGCAUCCACACCAUGGACUCCUAUGGCACGGUCAUGCUCUUUGCAGGCGGUGUCGGCAUCACACAUCAAGUACCAUUCGUUCGGCAUCUCGUUCAGGGCUUUGCCGAAGGGUCCGUAGCGGCCCGUCGCGUUACCCUGGUCUGGAUCAUCCAGUCCCCUGAACACCUCGAGUGGAUCCGGCCCUGGAUGACCAGCAUUCUGGCGAUGGACCGCCGUCGCGAAGUCCUCCGAAUCAUGCUAUUCAUCACCCGCCCACGCAACACCAAGGAGAUCCAGAGCCCCAGCACCACCGUUCAAAUGUUCCCGGGUCGUCCUAACGUUGACACGCUGGUCAACAUGGAGGUCGAGAACCAGGUCGGAGCGAUGGGAGUGCUGGUAUGUGGAAACGGAAGCCUGAGCGAUGAUGUUCGACGGGUAUGCCGCAAGAGACAGGAUCAAACGCAAGUGGAUUUUAUCGAGGAGAGUUUUACCUGGUAAGACUGGUGGACAGCCGGCUGCCUUUAAGUGAAUGUUCAAUGGAGGGCUGCUCACUCGGCCCCCAUUCGUGUCUCAGCACAUCCACGCUUGGCGGUCAUGUCCUUCGAUUAGCCACAGCCUACGGGCUACCUGUGU